GCCGUACAGCCGGUAGUACGGUAGUAGUCUUUGUGCGUGGCAGUUGAAUACGAACCUUCGAGUGUGGAGUUGUUACUUGUGCCCUGCUUCAACCUAACCUGUUGAGCGUCCUUCUACGCCUCCUUUAAGCCAUAUUCCGGCAUCUUAACGGACUUGAACUUUUGAAAAUCGAAAGUCGCCCAACGGGAAAAAGCUACGAAGAUGGGUUGCGGAAUGGGAAUGAUAAAAUAUCUGCUCUUCAUAUUUAACUUUAUUUUCGCGGUAUGCGGUUUGGCUAUUCUUACUCUCGGUGUCAUGGUACACCUGAAGAUAGCAGAAGUUCAGCAUCAACUCGACACCAGCCUCCAGUUCCCCGCGAUAACAUUAAUUGUCAUCGGAAGCAUAGUCUUUGUUGUAUCGUUCUUCGGAUGUUGCGGUGCCAUCCGGGAGAGCCAUUGUAUGACAAUAACCUUCGCGUCAUUCCUUCUGUUUAUUCUCCUCGUGCAAGUGGCAGUAGCAGUUUUUGCCUUCAUGGCUGUUAAGAAUAAUGGCAACGUCGAAACCAAAUACAGGGAUGUAUUCAACCACUACCGUGACAGCGAAGAGAGCUCAAAGAUUGUGGAUCUCAUCCAAAGUAGCUUACAUUGCUGCGGUCUUGAGUCCCCCAGAGAUUUUAAUUUUAAUAUUCCCGGGAGUUGUUGCGGUAAACAAGGAAAUGAAACUUGUCCAUCGGACGAAAUAGCGCAAAAAGGUUGCACCGAUGCAAUUAAAGAAGCAAUUCACCUCGCUGGAACCGUACUCGGCGGUGUCGCUAUCGGUGUUGCUGGUGUCGAAUUGAUCGGCAUCAUUUUCGCACUUUGUUUGGCAAACUCUAUCAGGAACAGUGAACGCAGAGGUUACAGAGUGUGAGAAGUUUGACGAAUGCUGAAGGAGGGUAUAUUGAAAUUUAAAAGUAAUGUAACUGAUAACACUACUAUUAAAUAUUCGGCCGUAUAACGCGAUAGAAGUUACAGUCGUACUGAAACAAAUUAUUUAGACAAUCGUUAAAGAAUCGUAAGAUAGUAGAAAACAAAAGCAAAAAAAGUGCCUUUUACUUUGACAGUGAAUAAUACUUUUCGUUUAUAUUCUACCGCAAUACGUGAUAUCAAAUGCGUAAACAUAUUAUUUAAUGUAUUUUUAAUUUUGAUACAUUUCUAAUUAAAAUAAACUUAUUUUCGUCAACAGUAGUUACGUCGAGAUCGAUAAUAAUGAUUGGUGCGAAUCGCUUUUAGAGACUCAACGAGAUUUAUAAUUGUUCUUGUUACCGAACUUUUGUAUAUGUGUACAACUUACCAUUCUCAUGCACAUAAAUCUAAUCUUUCACGUCAACGAUACGAAAUAAGAAAGUUUUAUCAA